GGCACCGGGGAGCCGAGCCCGGGAGCGGGGCGGCAGGGGCUGCGCUGCCCGCGAACAAAAGGCUCCUCCUGCCCCGGAGAGCGGCGCGGCCGCGCGGCUCUGAGCCCCGCAGCAUCACGUCCCGCGGCUCUGAGCUCCGAGCCCCGCAGCAUCAUACCCCGCGGUACCGGGCUCCGCAGCAUCGAGCCCUGCAGCAUCAUGUCGCGCAGCUCGGAGCCCCGCAGCCCCGUGCCCGGCUGCGCCUGGGCGCUCCUGCUGACCCUCUGCAGCCUGAGCACAGCGCAGCCCCGGGAGCGGCAGGGCUAUUUGAUUGCGGCACCUUCUGUUUUCCGAUCUGGUGUUGAGGAAGCUAUCAGCAUAACCAUCUUUAACUCUGUCAAGGAGACAACAGUCCAGGUGCAGUUAGUAGUCAAAGGAGAAACUGUGUCACGAGGUCACGGAACAGUUCUGGAUAAAGGAACAAUUAAACUGAAGGUGCCCUCAGAACUUCGUGGACAAGCACAUCUCAAAGUCUGGGGCAACCGGCACCUGGCAGAGGAAGGCUACAUUUUUCAUAACUACACCACAGUCACCAUUGAUAGCAAGGGCUCUUCGGUGUUCAUCCAGACAGAUAAACCUGUCUAUAAACCCAAGCAGAAAGUGUUGAUAAACCUCUUUAUGGUGACUUCUGACUUGAGACCAGUCAAUGACAGGAUUGAAGCUUAUGUGGUGGAUCCUCGGGGGUCUCGUAUGAUAGAGUGGAGCAAUUUGAAACCAUUUUGUUGUGGUAUUGUAAAUAUGAGUUUUCCUUUGUCCGAUCAGCCCGUGUUUGGUGAAUGGCUCAUCUUUGCCGAAAUGCAGGGAUACACGUAUAACAAAUCCUUUGAAGUUCAGAAAUAUGUGUUGCCAAAGUUUGAGUUGCUGAUUGAGCCCCCUCGCUACAUUCGUGACCUUUCACUCUGUGAGAAAGGAACAGUCCAUGCCAGAUAUACAUUUGGAAAACCAGUGACAGGAAAGUUAAUUGUCAAUAUGACUAUAAAUGGGGUAGGGUACUACAGGCAUGAAGUGGGCCACCCUGUCCUCAAGACCACGCAGAUUGAUGGCUCUGCUGUUUUCGAUGUGUGUGUGAAAGACAUGAUGCCAGCUGAUGUUCCAGAACAUUUUCGAGGCACAGUCAAUAUCUGGGCCACAGUGAUCAGCUCUGAUGGGAGCAAGCAGGUUACGUUUGAUGACUCAACGCCUGUUCAGAAACAGCUAAUUGAUAUCAAAUACUCCAAGGAUACCAGAAAACAGUUCAAACCUGGGCUGCCUUACAAGGGAAAGGUAGAAGUGACUUACCCUGAUGGAAGCCCAGCUGACAGAGUCACUAUCCGAAUUAAAGCAGAGCUCACACCAAAGGACAACGUUUAUACAAGUGAACUGGUAUCAAGAAAUGGCCUGGUGGAGUUCGAAAUCCCCUCCAUCCCCACAGCUGCCCAAUACGUCUGGCUGGAGACCAAAGUGACAGCAAUUGAUGGGAAACCAUCUGGGGAUCAAUAUCUGCCCAACUACUUGUCUAUCAGUAGCUGGUACUCGCCCAGCAAGUGUCACAUCCAGCUCCAGGCACCAGAUAAGCCUUUCCAGGUAGGAGAGGAGGCUUCGAUUGCAGUGAAGUCCACAUGUCCUUGCAACUUCACUCUUCAUUAUGAAGUGGCAUCGCGAGGCAACAUUGUCCUUUCGGGGCUGCAGACCUGGAACAUCACCCAGCAGAGAAGCAAAAGAGCUGCCUUUACUUUUGAGAAGAACAUUGAUAUCAUACGCUUCCCAGGAACAGCACCUACCAGUGUCCCUGCAGCAGAGGCUGAAGUCUGCAUGACGUUCCUCCGGUUCUCAGUUGUUCACAGCAUGGCUCCCUUAGGCCGUCUCCUGGUGUAUUAUGUCCGGGAGAACGGAGAAGGUGUUACUGACAGCCUGCAGUUCACUGUGAAGUCCUCCUUUGAAAACCAGGUUGCAGUGACGCUCUCAGCAAAUGAGACCAGACCUGGUGAUGUUGUGAACAUCAAGGUCAGAGCUGCAAAAUCAAGCUGUGUCUGCAUUGCCACUGUGGAUAAGAGUGUCUACUUGCUGAGGACAGGUUUUCAACUGACAGCCAGUCAGGUUUUUCAAGAGCUUGCAGAGUAUGAUGUAUCUGAUGCUUUUGGAGCUCCGAAGGAAGAAGGACACUUCUGGUGGCCAGGCAUGUCCUCACGUAGACGCCGUAGAUCUUCUGUCUUUCCAUGGCACUGGGACAUCACCAAGGAUGCUCGCUUCGCGUUUACAGAAACGGGCCUGGUUGUAAUGACUGAUAUCGUCAGCUUAAACCACAGGCAGAAUGGAGGCAUGUACACGGACGAGGCUGUCCCGGCUUUUCAGCCGCACACUGGGACACUGGUGGCUACGAUGCACUCUAAAAUAGCACCGAGCAGAGCAGAGAAGAGAAAAAGAACCUUCUUUCCUGAAACAUGGAUUUGGCACUGCCUCAAUGUCAGCAAUGUAUCAGGCGAAGCACAGCUGCACGUGGAAGUGCCCGACUCCAUCACUACGUGGAUAACAGAAGCUGUGGCUCUGUCUGAGGAGAAGGGUUUGGGCAUUGCCAAUCAAACAGAGCUGAAGACAUUUAAACCUUUUUUCAUUGACUUCACUCUGCCAUACCAUGUCAUCCGGGGAGAGCAGACCAAAAUCCCACUGACUGUCUACAAUUAUCUGCCUGUCUGCGUAGAGGUCUAUGUGAAGAUUUCUGUUCCCAAAGGCAUAAAGUUUGUUGGGCAUCCUGGGAAACACCAUCUGACAAGGAAGAAGUGCGUUGCCCCAGGGGAAGCGAAACCCACCUCUAUCGUUUUGUCCUUCAGUGAGCUGGGACUGAGCAACAUCACUGCAAAAGCUUUUGCUUAUGGUGGAACCAAUUGCUGUCAGGAGGGGAUGCAGACCCUAAAGAAUGGCAGGCACUCGGAGGACAGUUACGUGGACAAAAAGACCCCAGUGGGAGUUGAUUAUGUGCGCAGCAGUGUUAUUAUUGAGCCAGAAGGACUGUCUCGAGAAUACACCUAUAGUGUGUUCUUCUGCCCAAAUGAGAAAAUACACAUUUCUACACCUAACAAAUAUGAGUACCAAUACGUGCAGAAGCCUGCCCAGAUGACACACUUUGACAUUGCUGUGAAAGCACACAACGAUGCUCACCUGGCCCUGUCCUCUGCUCCCCAUGACAUGGCAGAGAUGACAGAGAUUGUCAUUGGUGGACAUCAAAACACUAAAACGUGGAUUUCCAUAAGCAAAAUGGGUGAGCCAGUGGUCAGCAGGGACACAGCUGGGAUCCUUUCCUGGGACGAAUUCCGCAGCUUCUGGAUCAGCUGGAAAAAUGGAGUUAUCCAGGUUGGCCAUGGUACUCGGGUGCUAAAUGAGUCUAUAAUUGUGGAGUGGACAGUCCCCAAACAGCUUGAGGUGAAGUACAUUGGCUUUUCCACAGGCUGGGGGUCAAUGGGAGAGUUUAAAAUUUGGAGAAAAGAAGAGACUGAUGAAAAUCACAAUGAAGCAUUUACUCUUGGAGUUCCCCACAACAUAAUUCCAGGAUCAGAAAGAGCUACGGCUUCAAUAAUAGGAGAUGUGAUGGGUCCCACAUUGAACAACUUGGACAAUCUCCUGCGAUUGCCAUUUGGAUGUGGGGAGCAGAACAUGAUCCAUUUCGCUCCUAAUGUUUUUGUCCUGAAAUAUCUGCAGAAAACUAAACAACUUGGUCAUGAUGUGGAGAGUGAAGCUACUGAUUACUUGGUUCAAGGCUACCAGCGCCAGCUGACCUACAAGAGACAAGAUGGUUCAUACAGUGCUUUUGGCGAGAGGGAUUCCUCAGGGAGUAUGUGGCUAACAGCUUUUGUCCUCAAGUCCUUUGCACAGUCGCGUGGGUUUAUUUUCAUUGAUCCGAAGGAACUAACGACUGCCAAAGACUGGAUCAUCCAGCACCAGAAGGAAGAUGGCUCUUUUCCUGCUAUGGGCAGGAUAUUAAAUAAGGACAUUCAGGGUGGAAUCCAUGGAAAGAUCUCCCUGACAGCUUAUGUGGUUGCAGCUCUUCUGGAAACAGGUGUAACUUCAGAGGAAGAAAGAACAGCUGUUGAGAAAGCCAAACACUUCUUAGAGUCCAACUUGUAUUCAGCAGAAGACCCCUACACCACUGCCUUGACUGCGUAUGCGCUGACGCUGCUGCACAGCCCCUCUGCCGCUGCGGCGCUGCGGAAGAUGAACAGCAUGGCUAUCACACAAGACGGCUUUACGCACUGGAGCCUGACGGGAACUCUCGUUACUGAUGAAGAUGCCUUCAUGGGAUUUAAUGACGGCCUCUCUCAAUCAGUUGUUUCUGCAGAAGUGGAAAUGACAUCUUAUGCCCUUUUGACAUACACACUCCUAGGAGAUGUGGCCUCUGCUCUCCCAGUAGUAAAAUGGCUCUCCCAGCAGAGGAAUGCACUUGGAGGGUUCUCAUCCACUCAGGACACGUGUGUAGCCCUGCAGGCUCUGGCUGAAUACGCUAUCCUUUCCUAUGUCGGAGGAGUCAACCUUACCAUUUCCUUGGCUUCAACUAAUCUUGACUAUCAGGAGACGUUUGAGCUGAACAAGAUGAAUAAAAAGGUCCUCCAGACUGCAGUGAUCCCCAGCAUUCCAACGGGGCUGUUUGUGAGUGCCAAGGGCGAAGGCUGCUGUCUGAUGCAGAUUGAUGUCACUUACAAUGUACCUGAUCCAAUUGCCAAACCAGCUUUCCAGCUCCUGGUUAACCUGAAGGAGCCCAAGACAGAACAGCAUCUCCAAGCUCCAAAUCUCCUGCGAUCUGUCUCUCCAGAUGAGAAUCGCUCUGAAGCCUCACACAGAGAGAGGGCACUGGUGGAUGAUGAUGACCCGGCUUCAGAUCAGGACCAUCGGGAGUACAAAGUCAUCCUGGAGACGUGCACCAGAUGGCUGCACUCUGGAUCUUCUAACAUGGCUGUCUUGGAGGUGCCAUUGUUCUCAGGGUUUCGUGCUGACAUCGAGAGCCUGGAGCAGUUAUUGAUGAACAAGCAAAUUGGAUUAAAAAGAUACGAAGUGGAUGGAAGGAAAGUCCUUUUUUAUUUUGAUGAGAUUCCCAGCCAGUGCAUGACCUGCGUAAAGUUUCAAGCUUUCCGAGAGCACAUUGUUGGGAAAACAGCUCCUGUUCCUAUCAAAGUGUAUGAUUACUACGAGCCAGCUUUUGAAGCCACUCGUUUCUACAACGUGAGUGAAAACAGCCCCUUGGCACGGGAGCUCUGCGAUGGGCCAACAUGCAAUGAGGUGGAAAGCUCUGCUAGCCAGUGGGUUGGCUUUGUUCACUCUGGACCAUGCAAUAACAUUUUUGGCUGCUUGGAGGACGAGUAUUUUGAGCAGUGCAUGUGUUCGCGGGACUGCGGCUAUGACGGGGAGCCUGUCUGUGGGUCGGAUGGACAGAUUUACCCAAACCAUUGCCAGAUGGAAGUAGCAUCAUGCAGGAAUAAUACAAGGAUAGAACAGAUGCCCAUGGCCCAGUGUUCUGUCUCCAAAAGUUUACCAGAAGAAAGGGAGACGCACUCCCACACAGCUGAGCAGCCCAGCGUUCAACAGACACCAGCAGCAGAGGAAGGCCCUCCGCUGCAGACAGAUCUCUCCUACUACUCGUAUGAAUACGACCCAGACCCCUACGUGUCGGAGGCUGACGUCUUUGAGGUUGUGGCAGAACUGACAACAGCCAGCACAUUAAAAGAAGGGGACAAGUUUCAAGAAGUGGUGACCACAGUAGAAUGAAAUAGAUAAUUUAAAUCAAGAGAAGAGGCCCAGAGUCACCUCCUGUACGAGUUUGUUCCUACAGACGACCUGCUGCACAACAGAAACCGAAUGAUGACUACUUCCCGAUGCACUCAGAACUGUAGGCUUUGCUACCCCGGGGGGGCUGGAGCGCUAACGGGGACACUCAGCCUUAUUUUUCUGUUAUUUUUUCUGCCUUUUGUACAUCCCCUUUGGAGCGUUUCCAAGGAUGGGAGACCAAUGUGCUGUGCCCUAUAGGUGAGAAACACAGGGGCUGGAAUUCAAACGUAUAGACCAUUUCAAAGUGUUUUCUCUGCUAUCAGGAUACUGCGAUUGCCAUUUCCUAGCUACAUUUAGAAGCCAAGUCCAGGCCUUGUGCUUAGCAGAACUGCUGUUUGAGGAAAGAUGGCUGAGAAAUUUUCUCUCAAAUUAUAAUAAUAAAUGUCAGUGUGUUUUGCUAAUUACGACUUAGCAAGAGGCUAAUCAUCUUCCCGGCCCCUCUGUGUGUGCACCCACAACCAUGUCCCACAAGAGGAAAACUUCCUUGGUGGCUUCUUGUUCGAGACAGUUCUUGGGAGGUUCAUUUUACAAGAGAAAACUGUGAUUCCCUGCAAGGGCCAAAAAGCUGGACUGUUGCCCACGGGGCUCCAGGCUUCAGGUGGGGAGGGUGCCACUGUGACAGGAGUUGGGUGGGAGACCCCUCUUUGUGUUGCACUGUGCUGGCGGGGGCUCCUGCAGCCUGCUCAGCCCCUUUCCUCUUGUAAGAAUGAAGCUGGCCCAAGGCGAAGUCCUUUUAAACGCUGGCUUCACCCAACACCUUUAUGGUGUGGGGAUCCUCCCACUGGGAUCCCCACACCGUGGCUGUUCUGGAUGUGCCAGUCUGUGCGAGGCCCUGGUCUGCUGGCCAGUACAAAUCACUGCUGUCACAGACUGGACUCCCUCAGACUGACCUGCCCGAAGCAGUGCGGUAAAACGCAAAACAAAAGCUUUGUGUUUCCAAAAGUGCAGGAGCCAAGUUCUUUUGGUUUCCCUUCCAGCCUGGAGCAGCAUUGUUCUCCUCAGAGAAGUUGCGUGCAAUUGCUUGUUGUGAAAUAGCGUUAAUAUUUUAUCUUCCCACUUCUAUUGUUACCAGGACCCCAAGUGGGGUGGGAACUCCUUUUGAGGGUGUUUAUUGGUGCAUGGAAACAGGAAAAAGUCCAGCUCCAUUCAUUUUUAGGGGAACCAUGACAAGAACGUAUCCAGGAUAGACAUUCCAUUCUAGAAUAAAGGCAGUUUUAUUCCAGAAGAAUGUCCGCAUGGGGACAAACCAGGAGGUAUCCCAGGAGUUGGGCAUGUGUGGUUUCCAGUCCUUUUUUGUCAUGGGCCAGAUAUUUGCAGAAUGUGGUUGCCAUGAUGAAGGUCUGGGUCGUAAGUUCCCAGAAAUUUUGGAACUGCUUUGCUGGCAUGUUCCCAAGCCUUCCUCCUUUUAGGAUCUGGACGUGGCUGCUGCCCGUGUACCACUGCUGUGCAGCAGAGAGAUUUGCCACGUCUCUGCAGUGUGCGUGAACAGACCGUGUCCGCACAGCGCAGCGGAAGCACUGGCGGCUGCAUUCCUGUCUGGCAGGUAAAUAAAUGCUUUAAACUGAAUUCCAUCUCCUGUAAGGAGCUGGCCGGACAGGCGCUGGCUAUUGUGUACACACACAGGACUGAGUCAAUAUUUAUCUCCUGGGUAAAUAACAGACCUGGUGUGAGCAGCAACAAGAGGUUUGGGGUUUUUUUUUUUCUUUCCUAAAUAUCAAAGCUGCACAAAACGAACCCUGCUGUUCCCUGGUUCCAGCCUCAGCUGCUGAGGGCUUUGAGUCUGGGCAAAUGAGACAUUUGGUCACCCUGAUAAUGGCUGCAUGACCAGCUUCCCACAGAAGAUGGGACCUGAGUUCUGGAUUCUUCAGCCUCCUGUUCUCUGUCCCUUUCUGACUUUAGAUUUCUGGUCUCCUCUGUUGUAUGCUUUUGAAUGGAUCUUUGAUGUCAUUUUAUAUUGUUUGGUCCUCUCUGGAUCCUUGGGCAGUCAAAGCAUCACCAGUGGGGACAAGGAGAGAUGUGGGGAGGGAGUUUCAGCCAAGCGUUAACCCUUACUGACUUCCCUUUCCUCAGGUUCUGUAUGUGCUAUGCACUAGUUCAAGCUGCAGACACCUCCCCAUGGCUGCCAGCUAAACAAUUCUUCCUGGGGGUGCCAGCGCCUCAGUCCUGGCCUUGUUCGGAGGGCUCUCUGUGUGCCCAGUGCUCUUCCCCUGUUUGAGGCAGAGGGGCUUUGCUUCUGUUCUUCAACAAGGAAAGCCAGAGGGACUGGGACCCUCCACAGGCAAAGGCAGAGCAGCCUUUGCAUCCUCUAGCAGAGGCAGAGCAGUGCAUGUGAGGGGUUGUGCCAGGGCUUCUGGAUCCCAGAGCCUGCCAUCACCCGGAGUGCUGCUCCACAGCUCUGGUGCUUGCAGGGAAACCACCUGUCUGUCUGCUCCUGGCAGCCUCCACCUCGUCCCAGCCAUGCCCCGUUGAACUCAAGCCUUUCUCCAGUUCAAAAAAAGUACUGAAAGUACCCUUGAAGUACUUCUGUUCCUGACAGAGUGGCUGUUGCCCUGGCUGUGCCCGCUCUCCUGUGCUCAGGCGCUGGCCCGUCCUGUGCUGCACCUACGGCAGAGGCGCUCUGGCUUCUUACCGCAUUUCACCCCCUCAUAGACCUGUACCAGCGAAAGUUCUAGGACCGUUUCUGUCUUGUUCACACAAAUCUUAGCAACUCUGACUCCAGAAAAGGGUUUGGUUUAGAUUCUGAUAUAUAUUUUAUUAAAAACCGAUUUUCAG